AUGACUGAUUGCACCUUAUAUUUCAUUGAAAGACAAAAAUCGCCCGAAUCUCUUUCUAGUGCAAUUGCCACUUUGAAAGAUAGUGAUUACAUAUCAUAUGAUACACACACAUUCGAAAUCGACAACGAAACCUGGACUGCCAGUUCGUUGCAGGUUCAGGAUUUUAAGACUUUGUCUCGUAAAGAAUAUCCCUUAAACGAUGUCAAAAAGUCUGAAGGUGUUCUGAAGUUCGGGCUGUGGCCCAAACUUGAUGAUGGCCAAGGUCGGAUUGUGUAUUCGUUCAUGUAUUUGCACCAACUUCUGAUGAUUUCAUCACAAUGGUUUGAUUCGUGGGGUGAGGAUGCUCUCAUCUGUGUACGUCUUCUCCAAGUGGGAGAAUUCAAAAUGCCUCUUGAUGUCAGCUUUUCCUAUGAGGGGCGAGACAAUUCGAAAGAAGAAUUGGAGUCUCAGGAUGAUUAUAUCGAGUUGAAGAAUGCUUCGGAGUUCGGCAAUGAGCUUGAAGAGAGACACAAAAAUUCCAUCAACCUACAAGCUGUUGCGAGCUACAUUCCACCCGAUGAAUAUAAUCUCUUGCUGUCCUGCAACAUUGUGAGAAGUGGUUCAAACAUCAAUGAUUUUUUGAGUUUACAGAUCAGACAGGAGAGUGCCACUUUGUGCUCUUGUGAUAGUGAUGUUUCUAUAAAGCAUGUCACCGUCACUCUCGUGGAGCAUCUUCAGUUUAAGCCAAAAAAAUUUGUCAAUGGAGUCGCCGAAGAAACCAGAAGGCUCCUUUUGAAAGAUUCAGAUUCAGAUUUUGACUGCAGCCCGCAACUAUUCACCAACUCGGCUGAUGGUUUUGUGUGUUUGCUCGAAGCUUCGCUCUUUGACUGCGAUCUUCCAAACCUUGGACCAACCUUUCACUCCGACACUUGCAGUCGAACAUACCGGCUCGAGUUCGACCUUCAGGCUGAGUGUCGAGGAGAAAAGCCAUGUUCAGCAAAUAUUCACACUCUGUUGGAUAUAGAAAUUGGUUCGGAGUUUGAUUCUUCGGAGAAGACCGCAAAAGCGAAGGUGUACAAGGCACAAGAUUUAGUUUUUGUUGACCUGCUUACCAGGACAGAAAAUCUUGUCCCAAACAUAGUGGAUUAUGUGCUGGAGAAAUUAUCAAACGUGGAGGAUUGUUUGGGCCACCAAACGUGUGUCCUGUGCCAGAAAUACACUGUGACCGCUGUCACAACGAUUUAUUCAUCAAGCUCACUCAGUUAUGCAACUGACGACGAAGAGGAGGACGAGGAUGAUCUUACCCAGAGAGUGGAUGACUUGGGUUUGGUGGCCUCCAAUGGGUUGUGGAAGUUGAGGAACAAAACAAGAUAUGCAUCCGGUAAGGCCGAUCAUCAGCUCUCUUUGCCUUUGUCAAAGUGUUUUCAUAUUAUUGAGGGUUUUGAAUCUACUCACAUCAAGGAGUGGCCGAAUCAGUUCACUUCCAAAGUACUUCACGAGGAUGAUCUUUUUUUGAGCCCUGGGAUGUGUAUUGGUCCUAGUGUUAAGUUCAUUAUAGAGGGUCCACACACCACGGAUACAGUUUAUGGCUUCUACUGUUGGAAGGUUGAAAUUUUUCAAAGGACCUUGCGAAUGACCCCACAGGAUUGGACAAUCGAAACCAACGUGAUAGAAAUACCCGAUCCUCAACAGGACUACACUCUAACUCACAAACCAAAUGACGUGGGCGUUUUCGACUUUCGAAAUGAUGUGAAUUUGUGUAAAAUUCCCCAUGAUCUUGAGCCAUCGCUUCACUCAAAUUCUCUCCACAGAGAGUAUCAGCUCAGAUUCAGCAUUGAAAUUGAAACAGAAGAAGAGGAUUCGCCUAGAGUCAUGGUGUCCCAUGCUAUCAAUGUAUACAUUGGUGAGAUUGAUAGCUUUCAUAUCAAGAGAUAA